AAACGUUACCUGCAGGACAAAUCUGUCAAUCAAAGGGGGCAAGACCAUAUAAAUAUCAUCAGCGUAGACUCUGGCUACAACUUCAGUUGCCUUCUUCUCUCUUGGCAUUCACAUCUGGGAUACGAACAAAACCGGCCUCCCUGUGGAAUACAGCAGUUAUGGGACCUUUGAAUUUCCUUCUAGCCGUUGUUCUGUCCACGUCCUAUCAUGAUCAGUUUGCAUCAGCUUGGACGGUGAAUAAUUUCCUCAUGACUGGACCUAAGGCUUUUCUGACAUAUGCAAGCAGUGUGCAAAUGGGCGCACAAAGUGGAAUACAUGAGUGUAAACACCAGUUUGCGUGGGAGAGGUGGAACUGCCCAGAAAAUACGCUCCAAUUAUCCACACACAAUGGCCUUCGAAGUGCCACAAGGGAGACGUCUUUUGUCCAUGCCAUCAGCGCGGCCGGAGUGAUGUACACGCUUACCAAGAACUGUAGUAUGGGAGACUUUGACAACUGCGGCUGCGAUGACUCCAGAAUUGGACAGACAGGUGGUAGAGGAUGGAUUUGGGGAGGCUGCAGUGAUAAUGUGGCGUUUGGAGAGAAGAUCUCUAAACAGUUUGUGGACGCCCUCGAGGGUGGGCAGGAUUCGCGCGCAGCAGUCAACCUGCACAACAACGAGGCGGGUAGACUGGCAAUCAAAGCUACCAUGAGGAGAGCCUGUAAGUGUCACGGAGUGUCUGGGAGCUGCACCAUCCAAACCUGCUGGAUGCAGCUAGCCGACUUCAGAGAAGUAGGCAACUACCUGAAGAUGAAGCACGACCAUGCGAAAAAACUGGAGAUGGACAAGAAGCCUGCGAGGGCUGGGAACAGCGCAGACAACAGAGGAGCCAUUGCGCACACCUUUCGGAGCAUUGCCCGGACGGAACUCAUUUACCUGGAGGAUUCCCCUGAUUACUGCCUCAAGAACCAGAGCCUGGGAUUCCAGGGCACAGAAGGGCGGGAGUGUCUGAAGGGUGACAAGAAUAUGUCCCAGUGGGAGAGAAAGAGCUGCCGCAGGCUGUGCUAUGAAUGCGGCCUUCGAGUGGUGGAGAAGCGCAUUGAGGUUGUCAGCAGCUGCAACUGCAAGUUUCACUGGUGCUGCACAGUGAAGUGUGACAAAUGCACGCAAGUUGUUACUAAAUAUUACUGUGCACGUAAAGUAGGUGGAAGAAAACCACAUAAUAAAACGAAGCGCAGGCACCGUGCGCGCAAUAACUAAUUACCAUUUGUUGCAUUGAACCAGUAUCAUCAUUAUGGACUUUAAUAGGUAUAAUUGUGUAUGACAAGAAUUCCAUUUUCAUAUUUAUCUAUUAUACACACACAUUUUAAUGCACUUUAGCUCACUGAUUUGAUUCUGUAUAUACAUCAAUUUAGGUCUUUUGAGGACCAAGCUCUCUACGCAUGCUCAUUCGUUUAUGUUGGUGUUUAGGGGAUAAUUGGUCGUAUUUGUUGGGUUUGUCUUCUGUGAAGUCUGAAAUUUGUCUAAUAUUUUAUAUGAUGUAUUUUAAUUGAAAAUGUCACCUAAUAAAUAUUUUUCUACGAUA